GUCAAGCCCGUGUUUGACAGCUGGAAGAUAGAAGCGCGUGCGGCUCCUGCGCCAGCGCACUUUCGCCAGCAUGGACCUCUACAGCUCCGUCCCGAGCUGGUGAAUCCGGAGCCGGACGCGGAGUGAGCGAGGACCCCCGGGCUGUAACGGACUGGAGCGGGUGUUUGUUUGUUUUUACUCGGGGGGGCGGUGGGAUGCAGCGCGCCUUCUCCUUCCCGGUGACGGCGGAGCGCAGCCGGACCAAGGAGCGGCUGGAGGCCAGUCUGGCCGGACUGUGCGAGCUGGAGCUGCGCCGGCAGCGGCAGGAAUGUCUGGUGGUGGGGGCGCUGGCUCUGGGAGAGCAGCCGAGCCGAGCAGCGCUGCCCUCCUUCUGGGGCCAGGAGAACUGGACCCUCAGGCGCCAGCUGAGCGCCCUGCAGAGCUCGCCCUGGGGUCUGAUGCAGACGCUGGAGCAACAAGUGGGAGAGCUGAGGGUGGACAGCGAGGACCGUGACGGGCACGCAGAGGCAGGGGACAGUCGGCCCAGCUCAGGUUUCUACGAGUCCAGUGAAGCUCAGUCGCCGAGGGUUUACCCCACUGACCCGACGGAGGCCGCCUCGCCGAGGAUGCACGCCAAAGAUAGACCAAAGUCUCUGGGAGACCCCCAUCUACUCAACGGAGAUGCUGAGUCAUCAGUCCUGCGCGGCGGCCUGCCUCGGUCCUUCUCUGCUCCCUACCCGCCACUAGAGGGCAUUGCAGAGGAAGCCAGUGCCGGGGACCCCUGGCAGUGGGACAGCAGUCGCGGCUCCCCGCCCUGGGACGAGGAGCAGCUGCAUGCAGAGCAGGUGGGAGAGGGUUGCUACCAGCAGGCCCUGAGGGUGGAGAGUUACAUCCUGAGUCUUGUCCAGCGCCACGCUCUGCCUCCCCGGCCCUGCAAGCCCCGCACCAGCAUCAGUCCGGACCCCCUGUUCUGCAACGGGUCGGGUCACAGCUCUCUGAACAAGAGACAUCGCUCCCUGACCAAAGACCCACCUCCGACUGAGCCCUCCAGCCACAGGAGCCACGGCUGGGCUUGUGAGUCGCCCGUGGCUCAGGCUGUGGCGGGAGAGGCCCCAUCUUUGGAAGAGGACAGUUACCUGGACCUGCCCUACCCCCAGUGCCGGACACAGUCUGAGGCUGGGAGGCUGCCUUCACCUUUGCCCUCCCAGGACCCCAGCUGCAGCCUCGCUGCUCCAAAUCUCUGCUGCGAGCCCUUGUCUCCCCAGCGCUACCUGUACGGCUCGUCCUCGGCUCCUCCCAAGGAUCACCUGGUGAGCGCUCAGUUCAUCCCUGGCCAGGACUCUGGCCGCUCUCCCCGGCGCCACCAUCCAGACCGGCCCUCACCCCACCGCUCCGUCUCCCCCCCCGAGCCCCACAGUGCCAAAUCCAGAUCUGCCAAGAAGAGUUACAGCGAGAAACAGAAAAGCAAGAAGUCCAGCAGCAAAACCAGCCGGAGCCAGUCGGAGAGCAGUGUCCUGGCCCAGCGAGUGGCGCUGGAGCGCAGGUACAGCACCAGCGAGAGGCAUCACAGCAAACCUGAGGAGUGUGUGAACCACUGUGAAGAGCCAGGGCCGCACCCCGCCGGCUGCAGCGGCGGGGGGAGGCGAUGGUGCUCCAACCUGGAGCUCAGCCAGGACGAGGGGGAGCCUGCUCCUGAGCAGGUGCAACGACGACCUGCGAGGAGGCCCCGCCAGGGCUCCUCGUGUCACUACCCCCAGCCACAGAAGCAGCUUCCCCAGCGCUGGCACUCAGAGCACCGGGAGAGGGCGCCGCUGUGCCGGGGGGAGGAGGCCUACUCGGCCGCCGCCCCCGCCGAGUCCGAGUCCAGCAUGAGCGAGGUGUACUCCCCGGCCUCCAGCUCGCUGUCCAGCGAUUCGGACGAGAGCGGGGGCCUGGUGUGGCCCCACCAGCUGCCGCCGCGCCUGGCCGCCGCCUCCACGCCGUCGCCACAGGCUGCUGCCAACCCGCCCGCUCAGCCCAAGGCCUUCGUCAAGAUAAAAGCGUCGCACGCUCUGAAGAAAAAGAUCCUGAGGUUUCGCUCUGGCUCUCUGAAAGUCAUGACCACUGUGUGAGGACAGUCCAGAGCAGACGCCGCGGCAGGAGCCAGACCAAAUCUGAGACUGUUGACAGAGAAGCAACGGACGUCUCUCACCGGACGUGUUUCUAUCAAGUCCGUCGGACCGUGUUCAAGCUGGAGCAGGAGCAGCAUUUCAUGGCCAAAGCACUGCACUCGGACUGAGCCUGGGGUCAGUGGAGGCGUUGGCUGCGCAGAGAUUAGACCCCCAGCACCUGAAUGUGACUGUAACUCUAUUUGAACUUCACACACCAACCGCAUGAACCACAGCAGUGACGUUUCCUGCAGAUCCGAUGACUGGCAAUGAACCCGUUGGACAUCAGAUUCAUGACCACAUCCAUCGUUUCUUCAUACGUUUUUUUAAUAAACCAAGCCAACCAUAUUGAAGUCACUUCCCUGGAUCAGCUUCUUCUUCAUGCAUCACCUCUCUCUUCCCCAGUCACUGCUGGGGCUUCUUGACACUGUACACUUACUUUAAGUGCUCAGUAGGUGUCGCUGUUGGAUUACAAAUGAAGUGAGGUUUCAUUGAAAUGAUAGUGAGUGCCAUCUAGUGGCCACUGAAAAUAAAGCCAUGAAGUGUUUCACGAAGCCUCCCAGCAGCAGAUACUUGUUCAUACUUCAUGGUACAAUGAAGCCACCCAAACCAGCACUUGACAUUGUUCUAUUUAUUUUGUAUUUUUUCAUUAACAUCACCUACCUGCCUCUCUGACUUCUCUCCAGAAUCGUGAUUUUUCUGUUCAUAUAUAAACAUGUUUUAACAUCUUUUUUUCAUGUAUUUAUGCUGCUCUGAAGUAUUUAGUUCCACUUAUCUGGAAUGGAGACUCAACACUGUUUCAAGUGUGAUUGAAAAGCCUGUAACCAAACUCCUUUUCUUUGUCACUUUGUUAGAGCACACAUUUGUAUCUUCUGUUGUUCAGCCCAAACUAUCCGUCUCUCCAGACUCUCACGUUACUCUGGCUAUGUCUCAUGUAAAUCACUAGUAUUAAAGUGUCAAUUUUGUUUACAGUGUUGGACACCAUGACCAAAUUGUUUUUUUAUGAAUGUAGCCAUGAGCGCGGCGAUGCCAUCCAAGAGAGUGAUAUUGAGCUGUCAUGUCAAUUCUCACUGUGCUCUUCACACACUGUAGUUCUGCUUAUCUUAACUGGUGCGGUGUGGGCGGCCACACUGUGGUGCCAGGACAGUUGUUCACUCGACAGAGGAUUUUGUGUCAUUACAAGAAGUGUUCUUCAGCUUCCUGUGACAACACUGUGGUGACAGCGCCUUUACAGAAGUGGUGGUUAUUGUCAAGACGCUUCUCAGAUGGAUUUUGUUCACUGAGGUCAACUGAGUACGAACAGUGACGGACAGAGUUUGCACAUUUACCACAGUGUGUGUGUACGUUUAUUCAUGUUCUUGUAGGAACCAAUCUUUGACAAGACACUGAUCUUAUGAGGGUGAAAAUGUCAAAUGAUUCUAACUGGCUUCUGGUUUGUCCUGGUUCAGGUGAGCCAUGUGCUCUGCAUGGUGAGGUUCAGGGGGAGAGGCUGGGGAAAGGGUGAUGGCCAUGAGAGGCCCUCAUAAGGAUACGUGUGUUUGUGUGACAGAGACUCACCCGCCGGGUGUGGACGUCUCUCAUCCGCAAAUUCAUUUUUUAACUUGUCAUUUUUUGAUACAGGAAGUGGUGAAAUCUCACUGAUGCGAUCGUCAAUAGACUUUAGAAAAACACCAGCCAGGAGCCUCACUCAGCCAGCGACUGACUGCAGGCCACAUCUCUCUCAGCAUGAAGGGCCCAGCCACAGUACCGUGCACGAUGGCACGCGUUUGUCACUCUUGUCAACACGUGUCCACCUGUCUUCCUGUGU